AUGAGUAGACGUCCCAGAGGCGGCAGACCAAAUGAAAACUUCGUUAACCUUCAAAGGGAUAUAAGACUACCGGGGACACCACGUCCAAUAAAGCCCGUAGAGGACAACAUUGAUCGAACUCCUGAAUAUAAAGCUUUUAUGAAAAGUCUUGAAGAAUUUCAUAGAGCCCAUGGCACUCCGUUGCAGAAAGAACCAGUUCUCGGUUCCAAAAAAUUGGAUUUAUAUAAAAUAUAUAAUAUGGUGAUCUCUCAUGGCGGCUGCGAAAAAAUUUGUCUAGAAAAAAGCUGGAAAAAAAUUUGUGAGCCGUUCAAUUUUCCAUCAACUUGCACCAAUAGUGCUUAUGUGAUGAAAAACGUAUAUAUAAGGUUCCUAGAGGCAUAUGAGAUGGAGAAACAUUGGGGCAAAACUGUACCGUAUGGUGGUCUUCCACCCAGACCACCGAUAUCUCCUCAAAUCUCACAAUCUCAUGAUCAUCAAUAUACGACGUCACACCAAGAAUUAUCAACACCUCCAAUUCAAAGGAGGAUUCUAACGCAAGAAAAUUUGUCAGGUUUCCUUCUCGGUGGAGGGCAUCACAAUCGUAUACUUCUUGCUUUAAAAUCUCACCUUCCAAAUGAGGUGGAUUGGGCAUUCGAAAUCUUGGUGCAACUCUCGGCGGACGAAAUUAUCAAUUUUCAUGUUGAUAAAAUACCUGGUUUGGUUGAUACUAUCCUCUUAUUCGUGUCUCCAUUUUACAAAGAUUUACGAAAGCUUACAGGACAUGAUUCUGUUUGCAUGUCUGUUAUGGAUUAUUGUAAAGUAGAAGAUAAUAUCGAGGCAACGAUUAACGAAUACUUGAGUUCACCAACAAAAGUCGAACAAUUAAAACGGAUAAUGCAAAUAUUUUUAAUGUUUCGAAAUCUUUCUUUUACUGAACAUAACGUAAAAUUUAUGGCUGGAUACAAGCCGUUACGCAGAUUUCUAAUAGAAAGCCUCGUUUUACCUGAAGUUGCGCGACUAUCAGAGCUAAAACAUCAUUGUCUAGAAACGGUAGCAAAUAUGUGUAGGGUUAUAACUUUGAGGAGUAGUAAAGACGAACUUCUUUCAACCUUGCCUAAGUUACUCUAUUCCAAAGACAGUGCAUUUGUUUUGCUUAGUAUUCGUGCAAUGGCUAGUUUAGCAGCAAACGAACAUAAUGCAGAUUUUUUGCGAGAAAUAGAUCCUACCAUAGUACAACGAUUAGUGCAACUAUUGCUGAUUGAAGAUGAAGAAGAAUUGAUACUUGCGGUAUUAGAUUGGUUUUAUCAAUAUUCUACGUACGAAGACUCUGCUUAUACUAUAGCUCAAACUGCACCGGGAAAUUUCGUGCGUCUUUUAAUUAAUUUUUUGCGCUAUGGAGCAAAUGAAGAAGAUUAUCUAUACAAUCAAAGAACACCAAUGGAAUUGCAUCCUUUUCAAAUCCAUGGUGAAUUUGAGGAUUAUCCUGAACCUUAUCGCACUUUAGAAUGGCUAAAAAGAUUCUACGAGGAAUCACAAUUUGAUGGUGUGCUACAAACAGAAAUUUGGUAUGCGUAUCGUGAUCAAUUUAUGAAUUCACCGAUGCCAAUGAUGCCAGCUGCGGAGGUUAUUAAGCAUGUUAAUCAAGCAUUCCCGGAAUCAAACGCUGUAAUGAUUACUACGGGAGAUGGUAUUACAUAUAUGAUUCAAGGAAUAAGACGUAAGCCACUGCAAGAAGAGCCAACAGUAAAUCAUCCUUCCUAUAGAUGUCGUUGGACUGGUUGCAUGUCCCUUCCUUUUGCCGUAGAGAAUGAUUUGUAUAAUCACGUUUUUAAUGACCAUAUUAAUUCAGAGCAAGAGAGAUUCGAAUGUCAAUGGAUGGGGUGUCGUCGAUUUCCUUGCGGAGUAGAGAGCAGAACGUCUGUCAUUGCUCAUGUCAAAACGCACUUUCCAGUUUUUCCUGACAUAGAUGGAGAUAAUAGAAAACAUAGAGGAAAAUCAUCCAAGUUCAAAGUAUUGAAUAAGUAUGGCAAAAAUAACGGUAUAAUUAGCCAUAAGACUCAUGUCUCUGUAGAUAUGAAUGGUGAUGCUAUCGGGAUUCCUUUGACUGCAUCCUUAAUACUUAGAAAUCUGUCUAUUUCGAGGAAGAAUCUACAAUAUUUUGAAGCGUAUGAGCAAGAGUUGACUGAGUUAUUGGCCAAUUGUGUUGGAUUAUCUAAACAUUUGGCUGAAACAUUAAGUAAUUUGAAGUCCAUGUAA